AUGUCCGACCAGAUGCUCGAGCAGGUCCGCGAGGCCGUCGAGGGCCAGAUUGACUUUGAGGGCCAGCGACUGGCAGAGCUGCUGACCACGGUGCUGCUCGGCGCUGCAGGCAUCAUCGCCUUCCUCGUGGGCUUCGCGCAGCAGGACAUCAAGCUGGCGCUCUACAUCGGCCUCGCCGGCACCGCCCUCACCUUCGUCGUCGUCGUCCCGCCCUGGCCCUUUUACAACAAGAACCCCGAGGCCUGGCUGCCGCCGCGCCACGCCUCGGCCUCGGGCUACAGCAUCGACGUGGACGGGCAGAAGGUGCGCUAG